UGGCUACAGGAAUAUACCAAAAUAGUGUAUUUGGUAUGGCAGGACCUUUGCCAAUGAAGUACACUGGGGCUGUUGUACUUGGAAAUAACCUCAGUGGGACCAUUACGUCAGUGAUCAACAUCAUAGCCAUCACACUAGCUCCAGAUCCACAGUCGUCGGCUAUCUGGUAUUUCAUCGCGGCACUGCUUGUCCUGUUGAUGUGCUUCGACACCUACUUUGCUCUGCCUAUACUGCGUUUCUUCCGCUAUCACGAAAGAAGAGCUCUCCAACAAAGAGGGCCAUCGACGACAACCAAGUGCUGCCAAUUUCCUCCGUACGGCUCGAUAUUUAAGAAGGUGUGGGUCCAGUGCUUCAACAUCUGGUUUAUCUUCACGGUAACACUAACCAUCUUCCCUGCGAUGCAAGUUAAGGUCGUGAAGCUUGACCAGAACUUCAUCAUCAAUGAUACAUACUUCACAGCCGUGACUUGCUUCCUGUUCUUUAAUGCGUUUGCGAUGAUUGGGAACUUCCUUGCAGGAAUCAUCAAAUUUCCGGGUCCCCGCUAUCUGUGGAUCUUUACUCUUCUCCGAGGUCUUCUCAUCCCGAUGAUCUUGUUUUGCAACUACAAACCGGAUGUCCGCACCCUUCCUGUCUUCAUUGCCAAUGACUAUGCUUAUUGUGCCAUUGGCAUCUUCAUGGCACUCACUAGUGGCUACUUAAGUAGUCUCAUUAUGAUGUACACGCCAGGCCUGGUAGAGCCUCAUAAUGCUGGCAUCGCAGGAAUGAUGGCAGCCUUCUUCCUCGUCUUUGGAAUAUUCAGUGGCGUCAACUUCUCAUUGGUGAUGGCAAAGCUCGUUGAGGCAUUCUAAAGCCCUCUGCGUCAUGCACAUGCGUCUUUGUGCACCCCACAGACACACAAUCACUCAGCCAUGAGGAACGUUUUUCCACACAACUACUUGGUUUGUUUGGCAAUUUUUCACAACGGAGAAAUUCACAAUUUGUAUUAAUGCACUGUGGGUAUAUCAUUUUGGCAGCAGUAUUAUUGUUUAAAGCACUGUUAAUAUAAUUCUUGCAGAGAAGAAACAAUCACACCAAACCUGUCUUCAUUACCUGUGGAUUAUUUGUGAGAAGUAGGUAGUUUCAUGAAAUAUGAAGUGGGUGUGUGUUAAAAUCAUCUAUAAUAGCGCUUGACACUCAAUGUUGCGUGGCAGUGCUAUUACUAGUUGCAGGUGCAUGCAGUGUAUGAAUACCACAAGUGAAGUUUGGUGCUUUAACAUUCAUUUUAAAAGUCACGUCGGUAAUAAAGAUGGCAGUGGCAAGUCAGUGUUAUAGUUACCCUCAGGUGGAUUUAUGGGGGGUAACUUUGCUCUUUGAUUGUUGUUUUUUUUAGUCACGAUCAGCUCUGAACCCUGUGCAGUGAACCUGUUUCUGCCAGCUGUGUGAGUGGGUUAGGGUUUAGAGAUCAGGUUAUCUUAUAAAGUAAGAUAUAGGUGAAAAUACAUAAUGAACACUUACUGUUAGUAAUAACAGUAUAUACCGUUCGAACAAAAUGGGAAUUUGUGUCUUACAUUUUACAUUAUUUCACUUUCGUACUAUAAGCUGGUAAAAGAUGUGUCAGCUGUUUCUCUCAGAUCUGUGUUAAUCUUGUUUGUUUUAUGUAUUUUACUGCGAUACACAUUUCCUCUCAAAGUUUCUAUUAAUUUAUAAAUAUGAAUUUUAAUUGUUUGGAUGUGCCAUUAAAAUGUUAUUGGUAGUCCUGUUUUUUUUCAAAGAACUGUCCCUUGUAUAUUUAAAAAAUGUCAAUGUACUAUAAUACUGAUCGAUAUACUAUAGGCAACAGAAGUAUUUAAAAAAAAACAAGGAAUAUCAAAAAUAAUAAGUGUCAUUGCCUCAGUCGGAGAAAAUGAAAGAAAAUAGGCAUAGAAUGGCCGAUAAUACUAUACAGUUGACGUGUUUUGCUUUUUUAUCACUCGCGGCAGGUAGUCAGUACUGCCUAUAUUGAAAACAACUGAUAGAUUGUUUAUGAAACUGUUCCUGCCCUGUUAGUAGACAUCCCUGCUGAAAGUCUAGUUGAAUCUCUGCCACUUGUCCACACAGAAGCGAAGAUAUGUCUACAUCACAUUGCACAGAACGAGAAGGGUAUUUAUGCAGGUGUUAACGGCUUCUGGUCGAUGUGGGACAUGUCGGUAUAUUCGUUGUUAUCAUUGCACCAGCAGCCAUUGGAUUGAGGAAGCACAAUUUUAGACCAUAUAUUCACCAUUAGUGUUAGCGAUAGGUAAAUUGUUGGUCACUGCUAGAAAACCUUCUCGACAUAAGCGAUCGGUUAUACAACCAAUAAUUGCCUGCGUGCAUCGGUAUUUAAGCGAUAGAAAUGUCAUUGUUAACCUUAUUGUAGCCCGCCUUUGUGCUGUGUGCACUGCCCUCGUGCUGUGUAUUGUGUGAGAUUGUUAACGUGUGCAUGUUGUACUAAUAGACAUAUCACCUGAUACACGUAAGGUCCAGCUUUGGUUAGUAUAGCUAUCUAUUUAAAAACGGGUGUAUUAUUAUAAUUCAUUACAAACCUGUGUAGUUGUAUAAUAGCAUGAACAUACCUAUACUAUAGGUAUGUGUAAGGAUAGACAUGUUCCUGCUAAUGGUAUAUCCACGUUUUACAGUAAGUACCACUACUAAAUAUAUACAUAUAUAUAUACCAUAUAGUGAUUCCUGCAUUCAAAAGCAAAAAUAUCUUCCGUAGUAUUUUUUUAAUGAUUAAUUGUAUAUUGUGUGGUCAUUUCACAGCUGCCUGAGGACACAGGAAGUUAAUGUUGAGAGCCAUUAUGUGGAGGUGUGUGAAUGCAAAAUAGCUUCAACUAGUACAACAAAAUACGAAAAUACUGCACGUACGGUAAACUAAAUACUAAAACAGUAUUGUUACUUUUUCUAGUUAUAUUGUAUUUUUACAUAAUGAUACGUUAUACCAAUUGUUCUGAGACGCCAGAAGCACUCAAUGCAUUAUGCAAAGAAUAUAUCACAACUAAUGAUAUAUUACAUCUAAAACCACGUUUCUUGUUUACAUUCGACAGUUGAGCACCCUAAUUGAAAUUCUUCAGUUUCAUUUACAUCAGAAAUAGAUAAUAGGGAAGAUUCUCUAUUAUCUACUUCUGAUUUACAUAUAUAACGGUUGUCUAAUUAGCCAUAGAAGAUUUGUGUGUUUUUACUCAUGGUAUCUCCGUGACUAUUCAAAGUUCACAUUUACACUACUUUUUAUCCCUUUAAUUUCCCAUCAUAUUUAUAUUACUAUAAUACUAACCCAUCCUGGAUUAUUGUUUACAAGCAAUGUUAUUUCGUAGGCCGAGCUAAACUUGUAUUAAUGUGUCGGCACAUGUGCGAUUAUAUAAAAUAUAAUCAUAUCCGAUUUGUGACUAUAGUGAUAGUAACACAAUUUAGCACAAUGUGUUAAAUGAACCGUACACUCUUAGCAAAUAUGUAGCACAUUAAUAUUACAGCAGUUUUGCCUUUGUUUAGUGAACGUCGUAAUGUGUAAGGGUGCUCUUGUCGUUAAUUGUAAUUUUAUUUUGUGUAUCUCUAGCAACUUAUGCACAGAAUAUGCGCGCACAUAGCCACAAGUUCCCUUCUCGCUUAACACUACGUUACUACAAUCCUACGACGUGUAACAGUCGGAGAGCCUGGUCGGUUUAGCGCGCACAUUACCGUUUCUUUAAUGCACAUGGUGACUUUUGGUGUGAAUUUCUGUAGGACGCGUGGUCAUUUUGCGUUAAAUGUAUAAUUUCGACUACUCCGUUAUUAUGAAAGUUGUUUGUAGGUUCAGGUGAUUAAUAGCCAUAGAUCACGUAUCAUGAUGUGAUAACAUAUAACACAUACUUCCACCAGGUGGUGCGAUAAUGGCAUACCGAGUUAUGGGGCUGGGCAAAUUGUCAACGAAAAUGUCAAGGCAUGUAUAUAUGUACCUGAAUGCCAAUAAUAUCUUGGAAAGUGAUAGCUGUCGAUGUAAUUUAUGCCAGAUUCUGGAAGACACUACUGUAAAUCGUGUCACCUAUAGUUUGAACAUGGCAUUAAGAAAUUUGUUCAGCGAUGCAAGUGAAGUGUAAGACAGGGCACCAUGUGGCAACGCGAAUGGGUAGAACCAAUCGUACUAUACCAAAAUAUAUAAAAACAUUAAAUGUCGUUUGUAUAA